CCUUUGCUGGCAUGCUGCUGUCACUGAUUAUUGACGUAUCACUCCAUUUAACGCCUUCCCUGGAGCCCAGGACAAGCCUGCGCAGGGCAGUGUUUCCCCAGGCCCUCUGCACAGGAGCUCAGCUCUGCGGGGUAGGUGUUUUUUGUCAAUGUGUGCCACAGCAGAGUACAAGGGCUGACAGACAGACCUGCUGCCUGUUCUGCCAAGCAGGCAGACUUCAUUCGCUGGAGAAGGAUUGAGGAGCAGGAGAAAUCAUCUAGCAAAUCCUUUGCCAUAGGCAACUGGAGGGCUGAAACCCCGAGGAGAUGCCUGGAGGAGUGCUAGACCAGUGAGCUAAGAGAGAAGCCCUCUUGAACCUCAGCCCCUCGCCAUUCAGAUGUCAGCUUUGGAUACAGAGAUGGCAGCAGCCUAAAACAAGCAGGUUUUCUGAAGCCUUCAGAGCAAUGUUGUCACCUUUGUCCAGAAGAGGAAAGGCAAAGCAUCUGGACCACACUGACUCCAUCCCAUUCGUACCUCUCUGCACCUGGGCCUGGAUAUUUGCCAGGAAGUUGCUUUGGGAAAAUGUGAAAAGGUGAAACACCUGCCUUUGUGGCUGGGCCUCCUCUUUGUGGCUGUCCAGCCAGGCUGUUUGUGGUGUGAUGGGUACAUCGUGUGGCCAGAAAGAAGAAGUGCAAUUUCUAAUUGACCUUUUUCUUGGGCUAAAUCCUGCCGCUCUGUCCAGCUGAGCAACCAAGUGGUAAAGAACUGGAACUGCCCAGCUGCUAGCACUGUGGUUCGUUGCUCUGCACUUCCAUGUUGACACUGAAAUAGAUGACACUCUAGUUUUCCCUCCGGUCUUCAUGAAUCCUGCCUUACAUGCUUCAUUUGUCAGCUGCCUUGGGUGCGCUUAAUUAAGUAAUAUUUUCAGGUGCUUCUGCAAAAUCAGGAAGAAAAAGAAGCAGAUACCUUUUUUAGAAAAUAUUUAGUAAUUGUGCAGUAGUAGCUAUGAUGAUCUAGAAGAAUGAGGGAAAGCUUGUAUGCUUUCUAUGAAUCUUCUCAUUACUUUACAAAGAAGCUUAAGCAACAUGGCUGAGUUUGAACCUGCUUAUUUAGACAUUACUAGAGUGACUGUCCAGCUGAAUAACUGGAUUCCUCAGGGGCCUGCCAUACAUCCAGAACCAUUAGUAGCUGAUUAGUGACACAAAUGUUGGGACAGAGAAAAUCCGCAGGUCCCACCUGGAGGAGAAGGUCUGGGAACAUGGAAAACCACAGGGCUGAAACUCAUAGCAGCAUCAGAAAAAUUGAGAGAGGGUCUGGGAAACAGAGGCUGCAAGGAGUUAAUCUAGAUGAGAGUAAUUAACAGCACUGGCACUGGUGGGAAAUGGCAGGUUGAGGAGCAGGAUGAGGAAGUUAUGGGCAGUCGGAAGCAUGAGUCAGUGACUGCGCUGUGAGUAAGGCAGAUGCUACACCAGGGUGUGGAAACAGGAACACAUCCUGGACUACCACACGGGUUCUGCCUCAUCACAGCCAACCCCACAGUGGAGUUUUGGGCCAGGUUUAGGUGUUGACCUUCAAAGAAACAUGGCCCAAAGAGUGAGAAUCAAGAGGAGAACAAGGGGAACAGUCCAAGAUAUGGAAAUCCUGAGCUCUGGGGAAAAGAAAAUGGUUGUUAGACUCACAAAGACAAGGACCUCUCCCUGUAAACACCUUUCAGAGAGGGGUUAGGUGGAGAGAGCACACAGCGAGAAAAGUCCUGAGCAGUUUGUACAAAGACAGCUCCUGCCCAGAACCACGGGUGGGAGAGCUUGCCAGCCAGACUGUCCUCAAGGAGCGAGGAAUGUGGUGCUGUCGGGUUGCUACAUAGGUAUUUUCUAAAUCAGUGCCUAGGCAAUUUUAACACAGGAGAGGAAUAAUGCCAAUCACUUCAAUGUAACCAACAGAAGCAAAAGGCUUGUGGCAGCUCCUUCCCAUCUUGAUGAUAACUUAACCCUGGAAGACAGGCAAUUGUACUAACGGGCUACAUGUAAUAUUAACUCUCUGGCACAGCAUCAGAUAUAGAAUAAUUGUCCAAACUCAGGCAAAUCCUCCCCACAGAUAAUGCCAUACUACUGGCCAAAAGAUGGCAAAGUGAUUGCAACCAAUCUUUCUUGUCUCUGCAGAACUCUACGAAUAUCGCUAGCAAUGCUCUGGGAACAAAUAGGUCAGGUCCAACCCCUGCGUUUGCUGACAUCUCAUCCAUCCCAAACAUUUGCCUUCUGAGACUGAAAUUUGAUGCUGAAGAUAGCGCAGAUGCUAUGCAGGAGCAUGUGGUGCACAUGCAGGCUUCAGGUUUCAUCGCCGAGUGUUAACUGUCUGGCUUGUGCCGUGAGACCAUUCAAGGUAGAAAGGAAUACAGUCCAUCAUCAGUUACAGACAUAUUAACACUCUAGAUAUAUACAGCUGCUUCACCUGAUGGAUCUGUUUUUGUACAAAAAUAUGGAUAUUCCCACCUAGGAGAUAGAAGUUUUUUAAGAAAAUUGAGUCUUCCUGUCCCAGCUUCUCAUAUACUAGAAUACACCACUUUCUAAUCUGAUCAUGGUAAGCAAGCUGUACUUCACGUCAUAAACAUGAGGAUUAGUGCUGAAAUGCUGUCAUCCACACAUUGGGUGAAAUCAUUUGUCUCUGCUGGAAAACCUUCUUGCUGAAAAACACACAACUGAAAGAAUUUGGAGGUCUCAAAUCAGCAAGAAAAUAUCCAUAUUAGUCUUUGCCAGCCUUGAGUGAUCUUGAGUGGGAGCCUGGCUGGAUUUGACCCUAUAUUAUAAAUAGAAUUAAUUAGUUUCUUUUCAGCAAAGUUCCUAACAAAGAGGGCCAGGUGUCAGCGGAAGAAAAUCAGUAUAGUUUCCUUCCAAUUUUAAAAUAAUCUCUCCUUUAGGUCACCAGUUUGUUCCCCCCUUGUUUAUUGAGGCCCUCUCAGCGCGAGCCCAAGAAGAAGGGAACGAUUUUUUCGGCGCUCUGGCUGUUCUUGUAGACAUCCUGGCACUCGUUUGAUCGGAGGCGGAACAGGACACGAACCUUUCCUGCCGGGGCUGAGACCGCAGCCGAGCGCUAUUCAGCCCCGAGAACAAUGUCUGGCAGCUCGCGAGUAAUUUAAACCAGCUAAAAACAGCCGAGCCUGGGUAUGAAUCAUGACCCAUCCGUGUUUGCUUCAGCCUUUGGACUCGCCUGAGAUCAGCACGGCCUCUACUGGCAAGCAACCAGCUCCCUGGAGAAUAAGCAAUAAACAACAUUUUAAAGGACUUUUCUUCCACAAGGGCUUUGCCUGUGUGAAUUCCAACAAAAAGCUGACUCCCAAAAGUGUGCAUCCGAUGUGCAGCCCUCCAGAAGACCUCCUGUAACAUUCAUCAAAGAAACCCCAAAUAUAGAAAUAUUACACAGGAACAGAGAUGAUGUGGGCUUUUUUUGUGGCUGAGAGUUCUGAGAGCCCUGUACCAUUAUACCACGGCGUUACAGCUCUGCUUUUUGAAGUAGCCCUGGAAAAAAUGCUCCUACUCUGUUUCUCUAGGGAGGAAAAGCAAGAUCCUCCAGGAUAGUAAAUGGGGCCAGUUCCAUCGAGAGAGCCUGAGUCUCGGCAUCAUCUUGCGGAAGAAGUUCUGACCCAAUGGCUGUGGAUGUGAGGAAGUCACCUUCUGAAGCGUCCCUGAGCGGGGACGGAAUCGAGGGUGAUGGAAGGUGGGACUGUACAGAGAUGGAGACGGACUACCUGGAGCUCACGGACAGCCUGCGACGGCUGCUGGGGACAGAGGAGGCCAGACCCUGCCCGCAGGGGACAGACAGCGUGGCAGUGAGCGGACGUGGUCACCUCGUUGAUGGUGUCACCCAGGGAGGCUCAAGCCACCGCCAAGAAAUGUCAUCAGCAUCUGCACACAGGUCUCCCAGAGCAAGAGCAGGCCUCUCGGAGGCAGAGACGUUAAUUUAUAGAGCUGACGAUGAUGUCGAUGUGCUUUGUCACGUCAGCCGCCGGUUCCUCUCCUCUGGAGAGCCACAGGUGAAGGCAUUGGGCUGCUGGGAGCCCACAUCCAGCCCUCCUAGCUGGCACAGCUUGGCAGAGGAGAACAUCCCUGCGGGCAGGUGGAGCCGAAGGCUGGGAGCUCAGUCCCCAUUGUGCUCCACCCCGGAGCUCCUGCGGCCCCAAACGCCCCCCAGCCCCGCGAGCCCCCUGCGGAGCCGCUCUGCGUCGGGCUUCUCUGCUCUGUCUUCAGAAGAAAACGGCCUCUCCAAAGAGCCAUCCCGAAGCUUGCUGGCCAGCACAGACGUGCCUUCUCCUGCGGCCACCGCCGCCCCGGACCCGUGCCGCCGGUGGGGCGCGGCAGAACAGGGGGUGCUGCGGGCGCACAAGCCCUUCCGUCCUCUGCUGGAUGGCCGCACGACCGCAGAGCGCAUCAGAGAGAUGUCGUCCUACCAAGCCGAUUACUGGGCAUGUGCCAUCCCGGAUUCGUUACCCCCAUCUCCGGACCGUAGUUCACCCCACUGGAACCCCAAUAAAGAGUACGAGGACUUGCUGGAUUAUGCUUAUCCACUAAAGCCAAGAUACAAGCUGGGAAAGAUGCCGGAGCCUUUCCUGCAUGACUCAGGAAUAGGUUUGGACAGCUUUUCUGUUUCCCCCGAGGGGACAUUGAGGUCCACCAGCAUCUACGGCCGAGGUGGGCAGUCCCGGGGCAGCAGGGAGAAUGGAUGCUGGGGGUUCCUGACCCCUGCAGAGAGGUUCUCCACCACAGAGCCUGGAAAAAGAGGCUGCUCAGGAGACGGCUCGUACCGUGAACAUUUACCUACUGCAAAAGCAUCCUCUGCAAAGAGUGAAUCCUACCGUGAAUAUUUACCUAUUGCAAAAGCAUCCUCUGCAAAGAGUGAAUCCUCUCGUACUUCUAGAGGUUUUGCGAAGGAUGUAACGACAGAGUCAGUGGGGACAGAUCCACCUGGCUGCCCUGCUGCAGGUGGGAGAAGCUGGGUUGCCAGGGGAAGCCACUUGCCAAGCUGCAAAGGGCAGGCGGAAAGCACUAAUAGGUUUUUACCUACAACAGGUGUGCUCCCCCUGAGGAAAGAGUGGGAGGGUGACGAAGAAUUUCUCUCCCUGCCUCCGAGACUGCGGGAGCUGGAAAGGCUGGCUCAGUUUUUGUCCAAUCUUUCCUUCACUGUAAGGACGCCUGGGCACGAUCACCGAAACCUUCCACGUCACAGCGACGGCAGGCAGCCCCCUUCAUCCAAAUUGGCUCGUUUUGGAGAAGCGGGUGGCAGGGGUGAAAGGGGGAGUAUUGGGGGUUACUCUGUGCUGUGGCACCCCUGCAGCUCUCAAAAGCCCAGCGGGGAAAACACUGAGUCGUGUGGCCGGAUCCAUAGGGAUCCUCUGCGGGGGCUUCACCUACAGACCAGCCUGGGGGAUGCAUUUGAGGGAACAUACCGAAAAGAACUGCAGGUCAAGAAGAAGAGCCAGCAGAAUGAGUCCCUUGCCCAGUGCAUUAAGAUGUUUUGCUGCCAGCUGGAAGAGCUAAUUCGUUGGCUGUACAACGUCGCCGACAUCACCGACAGCUGGGUCCCAGCCUCGCUGGACACCGAGAGCGUGAAGGCAUCGCUGCACCGCUGCAUGGAGUUCAGGAAAGACGUGGCCGACCACCGGAGCCUGACGGAGAGCGUGCUGGAGCGGGGAGAAGCUCUCCUCGACUGCAUGGCCUCCAAUUCGCCAGCUCUGAAAGACACUCUGGGCCUGAUCGCAAAACAGUCAGAAGAGCUGGAAACCCACGCGGAGCACCUGUACGAGUCCGCUCUGGCUGCCGCGGGUCCCGCGCAGGGCCAGGGCGCGAUGGAGGGCGAGGGGGUGCAGCAGACGGCUGCUCAGUGGGUGCUGCCUGUAUCAGAGCUGGGCUUUGUAAGCCAGUCUCGGGAUGGCUGAGAAGAACCACAGGAAAAACCAAACCACCACCGUCACCUCCAGCAGAUGCCAAAUACAAACCAUGGCUGUUUGGAGUGAGCUGGCCUGGCUGGCUUCAGUGUGUGGUUUCACUUGAGAAAGGCGAGCUGUACAGCAGCUAUUUGGCUGCUGGGGUGUCACACAGAAUCACAGACUCGACUGGGUUGGAAAAGACCUCAGAGAUCAUCAAGUCCAACCCUUGGUCCAACUCCAGUCUAGUUAAUAGUGCUGAUUGCGCUGGGGAAUUUUGCGAGUGAGGAAUGAACAGCUGGCCUUUUUUAAAUUUUGUUUUUUAAUGUAGCUUUUUUAUUGAAGUGACUUGUUCCAUGUAUUAGCAAAACGUCAAGAACACAGUUUUUUAAUCGAGUAAUCCACAGUGUGCCGUGCAACUCACUUCUAAGUAAAGCCGUGUGACUUUAA